AUGGAGAGAGCACGCGGAGCCAUCAUCCUCUUCCUGUUACUCGCUGUCGAUUUCGGCGUCGCCCAGAACACCACCGGCAAAACAGAUGGAUUCCAUGUCGGGGUGAUCCUCGACCUGGGAUCGCCGGUGGGAAAGGUGGCGCGAACCAGCGUUUUGCUGGCCGUUCAAGACUUCUACGCGGCCCACCGGAACUACAGCACCAAGCUUGUUCUCCACGUUAGGGACUCCAUGGGCAGUGACAUCAAGGCCGCAUCAGCAGCUAUUGAAUUACUAGAGAAUUACAAAGUGCAAGCCAUUAUUGGUCCCCAGAAAUCAUCAGAAGUUGUGUUCAUAUCCAAACUUGGAAAUAUAACCCAAGUCCCCAUAGUAUCAUUCACAGCAACAAGCCCCUCUCUCACUUGUGAUAGUAUGCCCUAUUUUGUACGAGCAAGACCAGAUGACUCGGCUCAGGUGAAUAGCAUUGCCUCGCUUGUACAAGCAUAUGGAUGGAGAGAAGUGGUAGCAGUAUAUGAUGACACUGACUACGGGAGAGGCAUUGUACCAUACCUCACUGAUGCACUUCAAAACAUUGAUGUUCGUGUUCCAUAUCGUAGUGUUAUCCCUUCAUCGGCAACAAGUGAGACCAUUAUAAAAAAACUAAAUGAGUUGAUGGCAAUGCAAACAAGGGUAUUUAUUGUUCAUAUGUCAUCCACUAUGACUUCCCUUCUUUUUAUGAAGGCCAAAGAGGUAGGGAUGAUGAACCAAGGAUUUGUGUGGAUUACCACAAGUGGAGUGGCAAACAUCAUGGACACACUCAAUCCAAGUGUCAUUGAGGCAAUGAAUGGUGUGCUUGGAGUAAGGUAUCAUGUUCCCAGAUCGCAAGAACUUGAUAACUUAUCCAAAAGGUGGAACAUAAUGUACUUGCAGGAUAACCCAGAUGAAUCACCCUCCAAUAAACUAAGCAUUGUUGGGCUAUGGGGCUAUGAUACAAUAUGGGCAUUGGCACGAGCAGUAGAAAAGGUUGGAGUAUCCAAUAUCACAAACAAGCCACCAUUGUCCACUAAAAACUCCACAUACUUGGAAUCCAUGAUUAUUUCCACUAAGGGUCAUGAACUCUUAAAGACAAUUGUACAAAAUAAGUUCAGAGGUUUCAGUGGUGAGUUUGACCUUACAGAUAGACAACAACAUAAAACUUAUGUGUUCCAGAUAAUAAAUGUUGUUGGAAGAGGUUGGAGAGAAAUUGGAUUUUGGACUGUGAAAAGUGGACUUUCACGACAGUUAAAGCAAGAUGGCUUCAAAAAAACAGGACAACACUCAAUGCAUGAUCUAAAUCCUGUAAUUUGGCCCGGAGAGUCAACCAAAAUACCAAUGGGCUGGGAAAUUCCUACCGUUGGCAAGAAGCUUAGAGUUGGUGUGCGUUCAAGCAAAAUUCCGGAGUUUAUAAAGACAUACAAAGAUCCUGUCAAAAAUGAAACAACAGUGAGUGGCCUUACAAUUGACAUAUUUGAGGAGGCAGUAAAGAGGCUACCUUUUCCACUUUCUUAUGAGUACCUAGAAUUUGACACAGCUGAUACAGGGAGCUACAAUGAUUUUGUUUAUCAUGUUUAUCUUCAGGAAUACGACAUAGCGGUUGCAGAUAUUACUAUAAGAUACAACGGAUCAUUAUAUGUCGACUUCACUGUACCAUACACAGAGUCUGGAGUAGGGAUGAUUGUUCCAGUGAAGGAAAACGUGAUGAAGGAUGUGUGGCUUUUCUUGAAACCAUUGAGCACUGAGAUGUGGUUUGGCAGCAUCGUAUUAUUUAUGUACACCGGAGUUGUUGUCUGGCUGCUGGAGUAUCUAAAUGGCAAUGAACAUGUGCAUGGUCCCUUUUCACUCAAACAACUGGCGACUACAAUAUUCUCCAUUUUUGAAGAGAAGGAGAAGCUAGAAUGCUUUCUACCUAGAAUUGUUUUGCGUGUAUGGAUGGUUGUACUUCUGGUACUUGCAGCAAGUUAUACAGCAAGCUUUGCAUCAAUGCUUACUGUACAUAAGCUUUCACCAACAGUGACUGAUGUUCAUGAACUCCAAAAGAAUGGAGAAUAUGUAGGGUUCCACCAAGGUUCUUAUAUAGAGGGUCUACUGGUGGAAAUUGGUUUUGAUACAUCUAAGCUCAGGGCCUAUGCAACACUUGAAGAUUUCUAUAGUGCUCUUUCUAAUGGAAGCAUUGUUGCGGUUGUACUUGACGUCCCAUACAUCAAACUGUUCCUCGCAAAGUACAACAAAGGUUACGUAAUGGUGGGGCCUAUAUACAAGAGUGCAGGUUUUGCAUUUGCGCUUCCCAGGAAUUCUCCACUAUGUGCUGAGAUGUCAAGGGCGAUACUCAACAUAACAGGAGGAGAUACUAUCAUUCAAUUUGAAAAGAAAUGGAUAGAUCAAAAUACCCAUGAAAAUGAUGGCACACUUGAUGGUUCAGGCGCUAUCACUUUUGAAAGUUUUGGGGGAUUAUUCCUCUUAACUGGAGUUGUGACAACAUGUUCCCCUUUUGUAGCGGUGUUGAUGAACCGCUACAAAGAACAUCAACAAGAUCCAGGGAACAAAUCAGAUGACCAGAAUGAAUUUGAACACAAGCAAGUUAAGAAAAGGAGAAAUGGGAAGAACAAAGAGAUGAAAACGGAAAAUGAAUUGAGAGAGACAAACAACACUGUUAUUGCCUCACAGUUCGAGCAGAAAUGGUGA